CGCCGGCCAAGGUCACACUGAUCCCGUAUUGUUGUGUUGUUGUUUUGCUGCGCUUAUAAAUUGCUGGAUAUUUCCAUAUUAGUGCUCAUUUUUUGUUGUUCCCGCUAGCGCAUUUGUCGCUCUCCAGAGAUCCAAAUCCACUGCAUUUCCAUACCCCGCGAUUCCCGGAAAAAAGUGCCCGACUUCGCCAACGACGCAAUUGUGAUUUGGCAAUGUUUUUGUGACCUAUCGAAUUGAAGAGCAACAACAAAUAGCAACGGUUAAAAUGCAGCGCCUGGAACUUCCACUGCUGGCGUCGCUGCUUCUGCUGCUGCUGCUGCUGCCGGGAAUCCUGACCCUUUCCCAGCAGGUGUCCACCGAGGAGGUCAACAUUGUCCACUAUCAGCCGGAGCAAGUGCAUCUGGCCUUUGGAGAACACACCGAUAGCGAGAUAGUCGUCACUUGGUCCACGCGCAGCCUGCCGCCGGAUCCGGAAGUGGUUGCGGCCAGCGUGGUGGAGUACGGCCAGCUGGUGGCCGGACAGGCCAAGCUCACCCAACAGGCCCGUGGCACGGCCACCAAGUUCGUGGACGGCGGCCACAAGCAGGCCACGCAGUUCAUCCACAGGGUGACGCUUAGGGACCUAAAACCGAAUGCCACCUAUGCCUACCAUUGUGGCAGUGACUUCGGCUGGUCGUCGAUAUUCCAGUUCCGCACGGUGCCCUCCGAAUCCGUUGACUGGUCGCCAUCGCUGGCCAUCUACGGGGAUAUGGGCAACGAGAAUGCCCAAUCCCUGGCCAGAUUGCAGCAGGAGACGCAGCGCGGCAUGUACGAUGCCAUCAUCCAUGUGGGUGACUUUGCCUACGACAUGAACUCGAAGAAUGCGCGCGUGGGGGAUGAGUUUAUGCGGCAGAUCGAGUCGGUGGCCGCCUAUCUGCCCUACAUGGUGGUGCCCGGCAAUCACGAGGAGAAGUUCAACUUCUCGAACUAUCGUGCUCGCUUCAGCAUGCCGGGAGGCACGGAUAACUUGUUCUACAGCUUCGAUCUGGGACCCGUUCACUUCGUGGGCAUCAGCACGGAGGUCUACUACUUUCUCAACUACGGCCUGAAGCCGCUGGUUUUCCAGUUCGACUGGCUGCGCGAGGAUCUGGCCAAGGCCAAUCUGCCAGCGAAUCGGGCCAAGCGGCCAUGGAUCAUCAUGUACGGCCACCGGCCGAUGUACUGCAGCAACGAGAACGACAACGAUUGCACCCAUGCGGAGACGCUCACCCGGGUGGGUUGGCCCUUUGUCCACAUGUUCGGUUUGGAACCGCUGCUCUACGAGUUUGGCGUGGACGUGGCCAUCUGGGCCCAUGAGCACUCGUACGAGCGACUCUGGCCCAUUUACAAUUAUGAGGUGCGUAAUGGAACGCUAAAGGGCUCGCCCUACGAGGAUCCACGUGCUCCUGUGCAUAUCGUUACGGGAUCCGCCGGCUGCAAGGAGGGAAGGGAGCCGUUCAAGGGAAAAAUACCCGAGUGGAGUGCGUUUCACAGCCAGGAUUACGGCUACACGCGGCUCAAGGCCCACAAUCGCACCCACCUGCACUUCGAACAGGUGUCGGACGACAAGGACGGGGCCAUUAUCGAUGACUUUUGGUUGGUGAAAUCCAAACACGGCAGCUACCAGAAUUGAACCUCGUCGUUCACAAUCUGACCCGAACCACAAUCAAAGCUAAAGGAGUCUCCACAAGGCAUCACCACGCAACAAUAGCAACUAGCAGUAUUAGUAGCGCACAUUCGCCUCGACCUGAUUCGAUCACAAUUUUACAAACUAUAGCAUAUAAGGGUGGCACAUUCCUUAUCCGAAUCUCUCAGCCCCAGCCCGGAACAAACUACAGUUUUUUUACUUAGCCAAUUUUACAAUCCCAGCAUUUAACAUGAGCUGAUACCAAGAACUUUGAAUCUAUACUUAGAUUGAUAACUGUUUUACAACUCGGUACUCGGGUUGUCCACGUUAAAAAUUAUUACUUUUAUUAUAAGUAUCAUUUAACUUCAGAGAAGGAGUUAAUCCUAUAAUCGACAGCUUUAAAACAAUAUGGUGUUUUAUUUUUUUUUCUAGUAAUAAAUUUAAAUGUGUGUGGUUUUUAGGAACUUAGCCUCUUUAUAAAUCCUUCUAUAUAAUUCCUAACGUAUUUGGCACUACAAAAAUUUCAAUUUUAAAAAAUUUGGAAUUACUCUCAAAUAAGAAAAAGCCUAAUGAUUUCAAACUUCUUAAGAUUUCCUUUUGAAUAUAGAAAGGUAUAUCUCUUUUAAACUACUUUUAUUCCUUACAAGUGCGCGAAAUCCGAGUACCAGUUGUAUUUUAUACUUAAUUCAAGUAAACGGACUACUUACUGAAAUGUAUUUUAAACACUAGUAUCAUUGCAAUAAAUGUCUUGACCUUUGAA